CUUAGAGCGGGGUGGCGGGGUGUCUGACGGACGUACGGCAGGCUCUGUCUGCUGGUCUCCCUGGAGCCUCUGGGCCCACGUGUAAUCUGCGAGCUCGGUGGUUGCUGGCCUGGCCGUCAUCGCAGUUCUUGAUUGCAGGCGCCGCUUACUCUGGCAGCAAUCUGACCCAUUCGGGCGGACUCAACGCCCUGGGUUUUGGUGGUUGCCGCGGGGUACGAGGGGCACUCCUUCCCCGGACCGGCCAUUAUCCGGAGCGACGGGCGCAAAUCUUAGAAAUUUCACAAAUUUUUUCGUGGACUUCGCUCCGGAUUCCUUCCAUCGACCUGGUGCACUCCGCCCUGAUCACAGCACCGACGAUGGACAACCCGACGCAGCUGUGACCCUCAGAUGUCGUCAGAGAGCAGGCCGUGGAGGCGUCCGGACGACAAGCCUGUGCCGACGGUGUGGCGGCGCUUCGAGGGCCGGAGGCCCAUGGCGGACGGGAAGAAGCCGCGCUUCGUGGUCCAGGACGUGCCGCCGGAGCUGGAUGACGCCGUCAUGGAGCACAUGGUGACGCACUUCCUGCGCGACGAGCCCGUCUGCUCGCUGUCUGGGCUGCGCGACGAGCCAGACUCGCUGCGCUGCUUCACCGCCAUCUGGCGGGGUUACCUGCGGCAGCGCGCCGCCCUGGUCGCGCUCGUCGAGGACGACGACGGCGUCGCCAGGCGCGUCAUCGGCGCCAACCUCACCAAGCCGGAGUGCCUCGUGGACAAGGACAAGAAGGAGCAGGUUGAGGGCGUGGCCUGCCACAAAGUGUUCGAUGCCUACGCGUACCUGAUGUCGCGGGUGCAGCCGGACGUGUUCACGCGCUACGGCGUGGACUGCUACCUGACCGCGCUGGGCCUCUCCGUGGACCCCGAGUACAGGGGGCAGGGCGUGGGCGAGCAGCUGCUGAGGGCCCGCUGGGACCUGUGCAGGGCCCUCGGCAUACCGCUCACCGUCACCUGGUUCUCCGCCAGGGCGUCGCAGAUCCUGGCGGAGCGCGUGGGGUUUGAGACCCUGGUUGAAGUGUCCUACGAGGAGUACGGCGAGCCAGACUUCAAGAAGAGCACGACACCUACCAUGAAGAUCAUGGCUGCCCGCAUAACGUAAUGUGACACUCGGCUGGGUUCUCAGUUUACGUCUGGCGUUUACAGCUUACUACAGCUGAGACUUGAGAAACAGCAUCAAGGGCAGUGUAUUCAUACACGUAGCUUGCUAUGUUAUACCAUUUCUAGAUUUUUUUUCAAGUCUGUAUGCGUAAGCACGUCAGACACAAACUGACAAAGAUUUUGAAACUGUCUAAAUAAAUGGAAAAUGAGUUGUUCUCGUA